AUGGCUCCUUUGAUCUGGGCCCACCGCGGGGCCUCGGCGCGCUGCCCGGAGAACACCCUCAGCGCCUUCCGGGCGGCGCUGGACCUCGGGGCGGAUGGUGUGGAGCUGGAUGUGCACCCCACAGCGGACGGGAAGGUAGUGGUCUUGCACGACGCCACCCUUGAGCGCACCACGGACCAACGCGGCCCUGUGAGCGGCAAGACCUGGCCUGAGCUCCAAGCCUGUGACGCGGGCGCCUGGUUUUCCCCACAGUUCAAGGGGGAGAAGCUUCCUCUGCUGGAGGAGGUGCUGCAUCUGACCACCUCCUGUGGCAAGAAGCUGCUGAUCGAGCUGAAGGGCCCGCCCUCUCUGAGUCGCGCCGUCCUCUUCCUGGCGAAUCGGCUGGGGCACCUGCCGCCCGCCUACCCGCAGCUGCCGAAGCUUCUGGCGACUCUGCUGUGA